AUGCCACCACAAGUUACAUUUGUUAAAAUUGCUGAUAAUUUAAGUAUACCAAUCAAAAUAUUUGUCAAAAAAUCAGCCACCACUAAACUUUCCACGUCUUCUUCUUCUUCUUCUUCUUCUAAAUCAAUAGAAAUUAAUUCAAAAUAUUUAAUCAAUAUAAAUUAUCAACCUUAUCAUAUUCAAUUAUCAAAAAAUCAAUUAAAUUCAAUAAUAAAUAAAUUAAAACCUAAAAUUCUCCCCAUACUUAUUUAUAAUAAUCAUGAUCAAUCAAUUACAAAUAUUGAAACUCAACAAUUAAUUAUUAAUGACAAGGAGGAUACUUUAAAGAUUAUAAUACCUCAACAAACUAUACUUAAUGUGAGAGCAAGAUUACGAUUAAUUAAUUAUGAAAAUUUUAUCACCAAUAGUGGUAGUGGUAAUGGUAAUGUUAGUGAACUGGAAAUUACAUCAUUAUGGAAAAAAAUUGGUAAUAGUGAACAUAAUAAUAAUUUAAAGAUGUUAACGGUAAAGAAAGAUUUCAAAUUUCCUAAAGACUCAGAAAAGGAGGAUACUAAAGACGUUAAAUUUAAAUUAAAACAAAAUUAUAUAAUUGAUAAUUUAAAGGAUUGUAUAAAAGUGUAUAUAAAUUGA